AUGAUAAUCUAUCUAUCUAUCUAUCUAUCUAUCUAUCUAUCUAUCUAUCUAUCUAUCUAUCUAUCUAUCUAUCUAUCUCACUAUUUAUUUCAAUUUUUUCAUAUCUAUCUAUCUAUCUAUCUAUCUAUCUAUCUAUCUAUCUAUCUAUCUUUCUCAUAUCUAUCUAUAUCUAUCUAUCUAUCUAUCUUUCUAUUUCAUCUUCUCAAUAUCUAUCUAUCUAUCUAUCUAUCUAUCUAUCUAUCUAUCUAUCUAUCUAUCUAUCUAUCUAUGCAUGUAUCUAUGUAUUUAUUUGAGUUUCUUCAUAUCUAUCUAUCUAUCUCAGUCUGUGUAUUUUCUAUCUAUCUAUCUAUUUCAAUUUCUUCAAAUCUAUCUAUCUAUCUAUCUAUUUGUCUGUAUAUCUAUUUUUUAUUAACAUGUGGGCCAAUCUAUCUAUCUAUCUAUCUAUCUUAUCUUUCUAUUCGUCCGACCUUUCUCAAUUUCUCUCUCUUCUUCUUCUCUCUCUCUUUCACUAUCUCUCCCUCCAGUUCUCUUUCUCUCUCUCUAUUUCUCUCUCUCUUUGUCUCUCUCUAUCUCUCUAUCUAUCUAUCUAUAUUUAUAGGAUUAAUAUAA